AAAGUGGUGUUGGCAUUUUACAUGGAAGCCUGAGAAGGACAAACGGCCAUAGAAGUCGACGCCUCUAUGUUUUCAUACGCCCGCCAUGCGCACGACAUCGUCGGACCACUUCUCCCCCGUAAAGUGUGCCGCCCACUACCGCGGCGCAUCUUCUCCCUUAUUACUAAUAAAGAAAUCAGAGCUUACUCUUUCCCAACUCAUCUUGACCUUCCUUCUUCUUCUCCCUUUGUCCUCUUCUCUGCUUCACCAACAUCUCUCUCCUCGUACUCGAACCCUGACAUCAAAAUGGGCUCCUUAUCUGCCACAGAAGAUCUGUCCUUAAAGUUUCCUCUCGCUCGAAGGGAUGAAUCGGUCGUGGAUAACUAUCACGGUGUUAAAAUCUCUGAUCCGUAUCGAUGGCUUGAGAACCCAGAUGCCGACGAAGUUAAAGAUUUCGUUCAGAAGCAAGCGAGUCUGACUGAAUCGCUGCUUCGAACGUGCGAUACGAGGGAGAAAUUACGCCAACAAAUUACCAAACUAUUCGAUCACCCUCGAUUUGGUGCUCCGUUUAAGCGAGGGAAUAAGUACUUUUACUCCCAUAACACAGGGCUUCAAGCGCAAAGCGUCCUUUAUGUGCAGGAUAGUUUGGACGACAAAGGAGAGGUUUUGCUUGAUCCAAAUGGGCUCAGUGAAGAUGGAACAGUCGCUCUUAAUGUAUAUUCCAUUAGUGAGGAUGCCAAGUAUUUGGCUUAUGGGCUUAGCUCCAGUGGCAGCGAUUGGGUCACUAUUAAAGUUAUGCGAGUUGAGGAUAAGACUGUCGAGCCUGAUACUCUGUCGUGGGUUAAGUUCACAUCUAUUAGUUGGACCCAUGAUAGCAAAGGUUUCUUCUAUAGCCGUUAUCCAGCUCCCAAGGAAGGAGAAGAAAUAGAUGCUGGGACUGAAACAAAUGCCAACCUUUAUCAUGAGCUCUACUAUCAUUUCUUGGGUACAGACCAAUCCCAAGAUGUUUUGUGUUGGAAGGAUCCUGAAAACCCGAAAUAUAUGUUUGGGGCUGAAGUCAUGCAUGAUGGGAAGUUUGUGCUGCUAUACAUUGAGGAGGGCUGUGAUCCAAUCAACAAACUUUACUACUGUGACUUGUCUUUGCAACCUAGUGGGCUUGAAAGUCUUAAGGAGAGAAAUGAAAUGCUUCCUUUCACUAAGCUUGUUGACAAUUUUGAAGCAAGUUAUCGAGCUAUUGCAAAUGAUGGCACCAUAUUCACCUUUCUGACUAAUAAAGAUGCUCCCAAGUAUAAGUUAGUCCGAGUGGAUCUGAAGGAACCAACCGUUUGGACUGAUAUCCUCCAAGAAUCUGAGAAAGAUGUGCUUGAAUCAGCUUCUGCUGUUAAUGGAAACCAAAUUCUGGUCAGUUACUUGAGCGACGUCAAGUAUGUUCUACAAGUGAGAGACUUGGAAACAGGUUCAUUGGUACAUCGUUUGCCAAUUGAUAUUGGCACAGUUUAUGGGAUUACUGGUAGGCGCAAAGACACUGAAGUUUUUAUUGGAUUCACUAGCUUCCUUACUCCUGGUAUUAUUUAUCGGUGCAACUUAAAGACUGAGGUUCCAGAGAUGAAGAUAUUCAGAGAAAUUAUGGUCCCUGGAUUUGAUCGUUCAGAGUUUCGGGUUAAUCAGGUUUUUGUGGCUAGCAAGGAUGGUACCAAGAUACCAAUGUUCAUUGUGUCAAAGAGGAACAUUUGCCUGGAUGGAUUGAAUCCAUGCUUACUAUACGGUUAUGGUGGAUUUAACAUUAGUCUUACACCAUCAUUCAGUGUCAACCGUAUUGUUCUUUCUAGGCAUUUUGGUGCUGUCUUCUGUGUUGCAAACAUCCGUGGUGGUGGGGAGUAUGGAGAAGAGUGGCACAAAGCAGGCUCACUUGGAAAAAAGCAGAACUGCUUUGAUGACUUUAUUUCUGCUGCAGAAUUUCUUGUGUCAGCAGGUUAUACCCAGCCCAAAAAGUUGUGCAUCGAAGGUGGAAGCAAUGGUGGGCUUCUUGUUGCAGCUUGCAUAAAUCAGCGACCAGAUCUUUUUGGCUGUGCUCUGGCUCAUGUCGGUGUCAUGGAUAUGCUGCGUUUUCACAAGUUCACUAUAGGUCAUGCUUGGACUUCUGACUAUGGUUGUUCAGAGACGGAGGAAGAGUUCCAUUGGCUUAUCAAAUACUCCCCCCUUCAUAAUGUUGGAAGACCAUGGGAUAAGCUGCAUAAGACAUGUCAGUACCCAUCUACCAUGCUUUUGACAGCUGACCAUGAUGAUCGUGUCGUGCCAUUACACUCAUUGAAAUUAUUGGCAACCAUGCAGUAUAUCCUCUCCACAAGCUUGGAGAACAGUCCCCAAACUAACCCAAUUGUUGGUCGCAUUGACUGCAAAGCUGGACAUGGGGCUGGACGGCCUACACAGAAAUUGAUUGAUGAAGCUGCAGACCGCUAUAGUUUCAUGGCUAAGAUGUUGGGCGUGUCCUGGAUCGACUAAACAGCCUUGACAUAGAAGGGAACAUCAAAUACUCCCAUGGAUAAGCCAAGUUG